AUGGCUUCUCAACGUCGUCGACCCUUUCAACGACCACCACUAUCACUCCGACCACCUUCGAGUGCCUCUGAAAACCUACCAAUUUCAGACACCCGAGUUCCCAUUGAUGAAGUGCGUUAUUCAAAUCAAGUUCCCAUGGAUGACGGAUCCAUGUCUUCAAGCCAGACUUAUAAUGAAGAAUGGCAAAGACUUAGAAGAUGGGCUGCAACUUGUGUAGCUAUGUAUGCUGCAUAUGCGGCAAUUCUUGUUUCAGUUUAUCAUCGCUCAAACUAUUUGGAGAGAUCAAUCUCUAAUGAAGGAGAUUAUGAACGACAUGCUUUGAUGGAAAGACUUACACUAAUGGAUAAUGAAGAUUGUUAUAAUCAACUACGUAUGGGAAAGGAUGCAUUCGCAAGACUAGUAACCAUUCUUCGGGGAACAGAAAUCAAGGACAAUACCAAAUUUUGGCCCUACUUUAAGGAUUGCAUAGGGGCGAUUGAUGGGUCACAUUUUCGUGUAAAAGUGUCAAAUGAUGUUGUGCAAAGGUAUCGAGGGCGAAAGUACUAUCCAACACAAAAUGUUUUAGCAGCAUGUUCCUUUGACUUGAAGUUCACAUAUGUUUUACCUGGUUGGGAAGGAUCUGCGUCAGACUCGAGAAUCCUAGAUAAUGCAUUAGUGAGAGAUUUUGAUAAAUUGAUUGUUCCACAAGGUAAAUAUUAUUUGGCUGAUGCGGGUUUUCAGCUAAAAACUGGAUUUCUUACCCCAUAUAGAAGCACUCGUUACCAUUUAAAAGAGUAUAGUGUUCAUCAACCAGAAAAUGCUCGAGAGGUUUUCAACCUUCGACACUCGUCCUUGAGAAAUGCAAUUGAAAGAGCAUUUGGUGUUUUGAAGAAAAGAUUUCCAAUAAUAGCUAGUGGGACAGAGCCACAUUACCCUGUUGACACACAAUCUGAUAUUAUACUAGCAUGUUGUAUCCUCCAUAACUAUCUCAUGGGUGUUGAUCCAGAUGAAAGAUUAAUAGCAGAGGUCGAUAGAGAGCUUUUUAGCGAAGAAGCGGAAUUUGAAUCAAUGGUCUUGAGUUUAGCUGAAAAAUGCAAGGAAGGAGAAAUCUUAAGGGAGAAAAUAGCCAUGGAUAUGUGGAAAGAUUACAAUAGAAACCGUUGAUGAGUUCUUUUAUUUUAUGGUUCUUUUCUUGUAUAGUUUUUUGUGUUUCAUAUUAAGUACGAUGAUUGUAUUUAGAACUAUAACUCCUCUAGUUAAAAUCACACUUUGAAUGAGUUACAAAGAAGUUAUUAUUAUA